UUCAGAAAGUUUGGUUCUUGAAGACAAGCAGACAGUUUCGUAAAACGAACGUCCGUAAACCGAGAGUUGCCUGUAUAGGACAUUAAAAUUUUCAAGAACAUUUUUUCCCACGCUUAUAUCUACCUAACUGUAUUAAUCUCAGUGACAACACUUAUGUCAGUUUGAGGUCACAGACAGAACAUGGUACUUCCCGAAACGUCGUCGUGCGGCUGCACUUUCGCCGACACGUCCUUUCUGACUGGAGUGUGUGGGGCCAACUUCACACUCUUCAUGGGACUGGUCGAGUACCUCUUGAGGAACCAGUGCGAUAUCACUGACCCCUGCCGCAGGUUCGGAGCCAAGACGGCCCCUAAUAGGGCCGCUAACCACUACGAUUUCAUUGUGGUGGGAGCUGGGGUCGCGGGACCCGUGGUGGCUUCCCGACUGAGCGAAUUGUCGGAAUGGAACGUCUUACUACUGGAAGCAGGCCCGGAAGAACCCAGCAUAACGUCGGUGCCUGCUUUCUCAGUGAGUGCCAUAGGAACGUCUCUGGACUGGAAGUAUACGACAGAGCCGUCAUCGCAGGCCUGCCUCUCUACUGGAGGACGCUGCAAGUGGCCUCGUGGAAAAAUGGUCUCAGGCACAUCAGGGAUGCAAGGGAUGAUGUACACACGGCCUCAUGCCUCGAUCUUCGACGAGUGGGGUAAGGCCAAUCCAGGAUGGAGUUCGCAAGACGUUCUUCAGUACUUCAUCAAGUCGGAAAACAACCUGAACCCCGACCUGGUGGAUCCCGGAUACCACGGGUUCAGUGGCCCCAUGGUGGUUCAGCAAUUCCCGUCACGACCCCCUCUCGCCGAUGUCGUGGUGGAGGCAGGGACGCAACUGGGUUACAGGAACGGAGACCUCAACGGCCACAACCAGACAGGAGCGGCUGUCGCCCAGAUGAUGGUUUACGAAGGGCUACGCGCGAGCACUGCGAGGAUGUACCUGCGGCCAUUCCUCAACACGAGAGAAAACAUCAAGAUCGCAGUGAAUUCACAAGCGACAAAGAUUCUGAUCGACCCCGCUACGAAGAAAGCUCGUGGAGUAGAAUACGUCGAUCAGGCGGGUAACAAGCAGACGGUGUAUGCGCUCAAAGAGGUCAUCCUCUCAGCCGGGGCCAUCAACUCCCCUCAACUGCUGCUCCUGUCUGGAGUGGGGCCUAGGAAAGAUCUGGAAGCAGUCGGUAUAGACGUCAUCGUGGAUCUUCCCGGUGUCGGUCGAAACUUGCAAAAUCAUGUAGCGGGAUCCAUUGGUUUCUACAUGAACGAGGCCAGCACAAAUUCCUUGACGUUAGAAUCCGUUGAAGAGUUUAUACAGAACCGGACGGGAAACAUGGCAAGCACCGGGCUCACGCAGACCACCCUGCUCAUGACAUCCAAAUAUGCUAAGGACGGGGUGUCAGACCUGCAGGUAUUCUUCAAUGGGUACUCGGCGAAAUGUUCGAAGUCGGGAGCAUCUGAAGAGUGCGAGAGCACUGGAAGCCUCCAGAACUGUGCCAACAGGCGUCUGCAGGCUCGUCCCACUCUAACUAUACCCGAGAGCAGGGGGUACCUCAAGCUGAACAGUUCCGAUCCCCUCGACUAUCCGCUCAUAUACCCGCAUUACCUCGAGUCUCAGAGCGAUGUUGACAUACUGGUGGACGGCAUAAAGCUCAGUAUCCAGUUGGCCAACACGCCGGCACUGCAGAAAUAUGGCCUCGUCUUGGACACGACUCCGGUUAAGGGCUGCGAGAACUACGUGUUUGGCUCGGACGAGUACUUCGCUUGCGCGGUGCGUAGGGAGACUGGACCAGAGAACCACCAGGGAGGGACCUGCAAGAUGGCCCCCGCCGAGGAAGAGCUGGCCGUCUUGGACAACCAGCUCAGGGUACACGGAGUGACGAACAUCAGAGUGGUGGACGCCAGUAUCUUCCCUACUUUGCCCAACUGCAAUCCGACGUCUGUCAUCAUAAUGGCGGCAGAGAAAGUGUCCGACCUCAUUAAAAAGGCCUGGGAGGGACAAGCACUGGAGCGCACAGUGUAAAGACUUCACAAAUACAGAACUCAGCUUCUGGGUCUUGCAGAUGUCCAUCCGUUCCAGGGGUCUCCAAAUUUAUUCACACGUCGGUCACUUGGCCAAUAGUACAUAGCGAAUAAUUUAUAGUUAAACGAUUCUACUGGAUCCAGCACAUCGUAUUAAUUGUUCAUUAUUUCAUUAUGCAACGUAAACUUUAUUAAAAAAUUUGUUCAUUAGCAAAAGAGUUCUGAAUUAUAAAAUUAAAUGUAUUUGUAAAAAUAAAUUUGUUUCCUACUUAA